GGCCCGCGCAACAUCGUGGAGCCAAGCGCUGAGAUCAAACUGCUGCUCUCGCAGGCCUCGGACUCGCUGCUGCGGCGGGAGCUGGACAACGCGCUCGCCGUGGUGGAGGAAGUGAUCCGGCAGAAUGCCGAGACACAUGAUGCGUGGAUGAUGCUCAGCAGCAUCUACCAGGAGCGCGGGCAGAUGCGCGAGGCCAUCAUGGCCAUGUGCUUCGCCGCUCACCUGCGGCCGCGCGACUUUUACGGGUGGAUGACGGUCGCGCAGUUCGCGCUGGACGACACCACGCCCGAUGGCCGCCAGCGGAACCUCGACACAGCCCAGAUGUGCUUCUCUGCCGCCAUCAGGGCCAACCCAAAGAGCAUGAAGGCCCGCAUCGGCAAGGCGAACUGCGCCCUCGAGGCUGGGAGGUCGAGCACCGCCGCCGCCGAGUACGUCAAAGUGCUGCAGAGGCGGCCCUACGAUAUGGCGGUGCUGCGGAACAUGGCCGAGGCCGCCUUCGACACCAGGAGCGCAAGGAAGUACGUCGAGAAGGCGCGGGGCUUUUACGAGCUGGCCAUCAGGCACGUGCGCGAGGGCGGCCAGCGGCUGAGGGGCACCUUCGAGUGGUCCGACGUUAUCAUCUACGUCGAGAUGUGUGCAUUCCUCGAGAGAUACUCGGAUGCCGCCCUCGCACUGCGCUCGCUCUCGCGGUUGCUAAUCGGGCGGCAGCACGAGACCUUUUGGGACAGGUACGUGGACGACGAUCGGGAGUGGGACCAGGAGGACGACCGGAUGAGGGAGGUGCCUGAAUACAAGCCAGACACGUUUCCCUAUGAGAUGUACGGACCCGCUCUGCCCCUGGACCUCCGCGCGAAGCUGGCCAUCUUCCGCCUCAAGCUCGGCCAGGAAGAGGAGGCCACCAGGCACCUGCAGUGGCUGACUGCUACGCCGGGAUUCGAGAAUGCGCCGGUGCACGAGUAUUUCGAGGACAGCCCCUUCGUCAUCAAGGAACUCGCGAACCAGCUCUUUGAGAACCGGCGCAUCACCACCGCCCUGGAGUUUUACGAAUUUUACGAACGGCUCACCGGGGAGGUCGACUCUGAGAUGCUCGUACAGAAGGGCAGGUGUUACCUGGACAUGGAGGACCAGGCCACGGCAGAAGACCUGUUCCUCCGGGCGAUUGAGGUGGAUGAAGACAACAUCGAGGCCCGGCUGGAGCUCGCACAGAUGUACGAGACGCACCAGGAGAAGGAGGAGGCCUUCCUCCUGGUGAACGAGGCCAUAGCGCUUGAGGAUGAACAGCGCCGAGAGGACGAGGAAAAUGAGGAAGACGACGACAACGGCGGGGAAGAUGAGGAUGAGGACGAGGAAGGAGACGGUCUGAAGAAGAAGGGCCAGCGGCCGAAGCGUGUGCGGCGACAGCAUAUGCGCCGCAUGGCCAGCAAGGCCAAGCGCGAGAUAUACGAGCACAACGUCACGGAGAGCUUCCAGAGCAAGUACCACAAGGUGCAGGAGCUGCGGGAGCGCAUGGCGAGCGGCGACAUCGAGGCCGAGGACGAGUGGAUGGCGGCCGCACAGGACCUGGUGGACGACUUCCGAUCCUUCAAGGAGUUUUAUCCGUGGGACAAGUAUCUCAACUUUAUGGGCUACGGCUCCUUCUUCAAAGAGAACGAGAAGAGGGCCGCUGAGAGGCAUGCUGCUGAGGACGGUCGCAGCGAGCGGGCUGGAACAGCUGCUGCGCCGGGUGGUGGCAAUAGAGAACUUGCUGCUAUGGCUGAGCGGCUACAGCAAAAUCUUGCUCCUGGAGAAGACGACAGCGGCCCCGAGCCCGUCCUCCGGCGCCACGAACACCGCGGCAUCCCCUUCGACCAGUGGCUCGACCUCUUUCUCGGGUACGCCAUCAGCCUGGCCCGCAGGCAACAGGCACAAGAGGCCUACAUCGUGUGCCAGUCAGCGCGCGACUCGAUCGUGUACAAGUCCAGCGACAACACCUUCCUCAUCCACGUGGCGUGGGCAGCAUGCGCUGUGCACGCGGCAGACGAGGAGACGUGCGUGGCGGUGGCGCGCUUCUUCAUGCGAUCAUGCCACGCCGCGACGGACAGCUACCGGGUCUUCAGCGCGCUCUGCCGGGUGUGUCAGUCUCCGGUGAGCUGGUACGCCUCAGGCCCGGCGCAAAAGUACAUCCUCCGGCAGAUCAAGGCUAUGGACCGAACACUACUGCCGGCGGACCUCGCGCAGAAGGCAAUGGGCGCAUGGGACACGGCAGUGCCGCGCGAAGAGGCCCUGGGCCCCCGGCACGAGGCGCUCGACGUCACGCUGCUGAUGCUCUACGGCCACAUCCUCCUCACGUCGACGAGCUACACCUACGCGCUCAACUACUUCCUGCGCGCUGCGGCCCUCGACCCGACCAACCCCAUGGUCAACCUCUCGGUGGGCACCGCCUACGUGCACUACGCCAUGAAGCGCCAGGCCGAGAACAGGCAGUUUAUUAUCGCCCAGGGCAUGCACUACAUGUUUGAGUACUACCGUAUCCGCUCCCGCUCCGUCGACGUGGUCGAGAGGCUCGAGGCACACUACAACAUCGCACGGUGCUACCACCUGCUGGGCAUCUACCACCUCGCAGCGCAGUUCUACGCCCGCGCGCUCGGUGAGGCCAAGGCGCACGCGAGGCGCAUGGAGGAAAACGAGGAGAAGGGCGAUAGUGGUGGCCUGUUGCUGCGAGAAUUUGUCUACGAGAGCGCGGUGAACCUGAGGACGUUUGCACUGACGAAUGGGGACUAUGAUGGGGCGAGGGCGCUGACGGAGACGUGGCUGGUCUUGUGA